GUGAUUAUUUCCUACAUGUUCAAUGAAAUUUUGUACAUAAUCCUUGUAGCUUGCGUGUUGGAUUCUCCAUCGUCCUACUUUCCAAAUUCAGCCUUGUUGCCUUCAUUGCCGGUGACGAUUGACGCUGGUGUUCACAAGAUCUGUGAGUCCACCUCGUACCCUGUUGAAUGCAUGGACUCCCUCCUUCCACACAUUAGCGGAUAUGACUCCUUGGAUGUCAUCUCUGCUGUCAAGUUUCAGAUGGAAGCCUUCAGCAAAGCAAUCGAACAAGCAAUCGCUAAUGCCACAAAUUUGAAGGAUCCUUCAACAGAUAAAAUGAUUGCCAACAUCCUUGAUGCCUGCGUUGAGAGUUAUACAGAUUCACAAGACAGCCUCAAGAAGGCAUGGGAAGCCAUUGCUGCUCAUGACAUUGGCACCUUGAUGAACAGUGAGCUUAGCGCGGCUUUGACUGGGAUUUCUACUUGCGGUCUUUGAGGAGUUGCAAGUACCCGGAUUGAAGGCGCCGGUGUGGGAGAUUGAUCAGAAGCUGCUGAAGUUGGCAGGCAACUGCUUGGCCAUUGGUAAACUCCUCCAAUGGAUAGAUAACUUACCUUAAGAAGAUUAAAGUAUGAUUGCUGAGAAAAAUACAUUAAAUGUACCCAUUCUUUUGUGAACAUAUGCAUAAAAAGAAGAAGCUUUAAGCAAUGACUUCAUUAAAAAUAAAAAA